GUAAACAGUAACUGGCCACCAGAUGGCGGAUCUGGACAAUCCUAUGAAGAGGACAAAACUGAAACCCCAAGUUCCUAUCAGCAAUUCUACCAGACGUAUUAUGGAACAACGGAAGCAGUGAAUAACCUGAAAAGGUCUUUUGGACCUACAGGACUUAGGAAAGCUUUAGUUUCCAGAAAUAUUCAACAGAAGCUAGAAGAUGUCCGCCGAGCAAACGAUCACUUCCUGGAGAUUAGGAGGAAGACGGUAUGCAAGAGCCCACAGCCCCACGUAGUUCGAGUGAAGGAUUACUAUCCAGACGUUUCCAAACAGUACGUACCUCGUUGUACGAUACUACAUCGCUGUACAGAUGAAACUGGAUGUUGUGAUGACGAACUCCAUACGUGUGGCCCCCUACAUAUGCAGGAAGUGACCUUAAAUUUUUAUACUCUUCGUCUCAAAGACAACAGCAUGCGAAUUGGGCUGAACAACGCGGUGGAAAAACUACUGUUUAUUAAUCAUACCGAAUGUGAGUGUCAACCAAUAAACAACAGGCCACGAAUACAGGAGAGAACCACCAGUCAACGUCGAAAUCCCCCUGGUGAUCAAACAUCAAA